AUGCUUCGGCGCGGUGCAGUUGGUCGUUGUGCGUUUCUUGCCUCUUCGCGUAUGCGCUUUGGCUCUGUUAAGCGCACUUCAGCACGGAUGGCGAAUGUAGACGUGGGAAAAAAAUGUGCUGCCUUUGAGGCGGUGGAUGAAUGGCUUAAGUUGGACGUUGCUUUUGACGGCGUUGAUGAGAUUACUCCUGAUUUUUUGUCUAUUAAAGGAGGUGGAGGUUGUCUCGUCCAGGAGAAGAUUGUUGAUGCGAAUGCAAAAUAUUUCAUCGCAAUAGCCGAUGAA